GAGAGACACGUAGAAGCAGGCAGUCGACUCCUCUGUUAACUUCAACAGACCUUGUGACAAUGGCUACGGAUAUGGGAGGAUGGAGUGAGACAGUGGACGCCACUGAGGAAACUCAGAAGAUCUGUGAUCAGGUCACGGGUCAAGUGGAGAAACAGACAGGCAAGUGCUAUAGGGAAUUCAAAGCAGUUAAAUACAGGAAUCUGCAUCUGAUGGGAGGAACCCACUACCUCAUCAAGGUUCAUGUUGGAGCAGACUAUGAUCAUCUGAUGGUCGUCCAAGGAGCUGGGACGCAGUUCCCAACUCCUCCAUCACUGAGCGGUGUCAAGCAGCACAAAACCAAAGACGACCCCCUCGUACCUUUCACCGACUGAUCACACAGCCUGUUUCAACAGUUAAACACUUACAGGCUGCAGUCUCAUGUUAAAAUGCUCUGCUUCUUUAUUCUGACAUGAUUUGACUUUGAUUUUAAAUGUGUUAACACACAGAGAUAAAGAUAUGUGAUGUUGGGACGCAGCAGGUAAAUGCACUACCUUCUAAAGAAAUAACAAUGAUUAAACAUAAA